GGUGAAGUCUACCGUUCUCCUUUCUCCCGUCUCUUUCCAUUUCUAUCUCAAAUUAUCGACCGUGCAACGACGCUCGAAUAGACAGUUAGAAACAAUCGAACGUAAUCUUUGCAACAUUCGUUUUAAGUAUACAGACGGAGAGGAAACGAGAGUGUUCACGCUCGGAAUUUCGUGAUUCCUGUGCAAGUGCUGCACCAACAGGCCAAUUCUCGAACGUGGAUUCCACCGUAGCUUAUACAAGAACCCAGGAAUCUCUCGAUUGCUCUCUGGCUUGGUUACCGUUCGCAGCAAGCGGCAACGCAACCAUAACAGUCGUCGUUGGUCGUCGUCGUCAACCACAGUCAACCCAACCAACCGGUCUGCAUCGUCACUAUCGUCAGCCAAGUAGUAGCAAAGUAGCGUGGGUUCCGUUUCAAGUGUCAGGUUCUAGAAAGCACGUGCGCGUCAACUCGAUCCGGCGAGUAAAGUAACAACGUUCGACAUCGUUUAUUUUAUCCAAUCAUGCCGUCAGAUCCAUUCGAGAUAGUCGUAGGAACGUACGAGCAAUACUUGCUCGGUUACAAAGUAAACAAUGUAGUAAAUGAGUAUAAAAUGGAGAAGACUUUCGCUACUCACAGUCACACCAGUAGUAUACGUAGCGUUGCGAGUAAAAAACAUUAUCUAGCUUCCUCUGGGGCAGACGAUUCUGUUUACCUGUACGAUUUACAUCGUAGAGCUGAAUCUGGCAGAUUGAUGCAUCAUAACGACACUGUUAAUUGCAUCACGUUUACCCCUGGAGCGUCUCACCUGUUUACAUGCAGUAACGAUGGCACCAUGGCUGCGAUUCGAUGUGGAAACUGGCAAAUGGAAAAACAUUGGUUAAAGCCUCACAAGGGAUUAGCUGUUAAUACUCUGGCCGUUCAUCCGACAGGAAAAAUAGCAUUGUCCACAGGCGCGGAUGGUAUCCUCCGAACGUGGAAUCUGGUCAAGGGAAGACAAGCGUAUGCCACGAAUUUAGUGCCAAGGUUAAAAUUAGAUGCUAAAAGUGUAAAUGUCCUUAAAUGGAGCCCGAAUGGAGAAAAAUAUUUGCUGGCUGUGAAUCAAAGAAUAGACAUAUAUUCUGUAGAAUUAGCGGGUGUCGAUAACGAAAUUAAAUUCGAUUCAAAGAUCGUUUGCGUUGAAUUCUUGAAAGACGAUUUAAUAGCGGUAGGCUUAGAGAAUGGUCAGAUUAAGUUCUAUGAUCUAGAAAAGUCUAUAGAAACCGUAGAUACGAUUGCGCAUGACAUACGAGUGAAAUGUAUGGCUUUUAAGGACGAUCUCUUAGUUACUGCGUCUAGUUCUGGCGAAAUUAAACUAUGGAGAUAUAGUAGACAUAAAUUAGAUAUGCUGCAAAAGGUUAAUUGCGGCGCUCGAAUUACCUGUUUGUCUCUUGCGAUGCUGUAUGACAAUGUAACGCGAGACACGGAAAUAAAAUUAGAAGAGGAAAAACAAGAGAAAACGAAUAAAUUUAGACUUCGUCAGGAAGUGAUCGUUGAGAAAGAAGGUGACUGGGAGGUAUCAUCAAUCAGUAGUCGAAAACCAGAGAAGAAAUCAAAGAAGAAGAGAAGUAUAGAAGAAGAGCCGGUUGCUAAUGUUCCAACUGGUAAAAAAAAUAAAUCUAUCUUGAAGAAAAAAGCAGGAGAUUCUAUCGAUGAAGGUAAACCCAAAAAGAAAAAGAAAGAGGAUAAUAAAAAUAACGUUGAGAGUGAAGAAGAUGUCUCGAAUAUGAAGAAGAAGAAGAAGAAGAAGAAGAGAUUGACUGCUUUAGAGGAAAAUAAUAAUGUACCUUUUAAGAAAGUAAAGAAAGCGAGUGAAAAAAUGACAGAACAAGUGAAGUCACGGGAAAUGUCGAUGGGAAAUAACAAAGUGGUUUCUUCGAAUAAGAGGAAAAGGGACACAACAGAAGACAGAGCAAUUCUGAAGAAAAAGAAGAAAAAACAAUGAUACGACGUUCGACACACUGUCAGUU